AGCCUUGAACAAUUGAUGUCGACAGAUCUGCUUACAGCGUUAUGAUUAACUAGCAGGCUCAAGCCGGGAGAAACAUUAUGUUGAUUUAAACUUUCUCUAUCGGUCAUCUCUCCGUUGUUGUUACAGGGCCUCCCGUUAUUUCCGUGUUUUUCACUGCCUUCUUCAUCCAAGCCUUGUUAGGGCAGCCAACACCUCGAAAGUAAACACAACCCGUUGAACAAUUAAAUGUCAGACAAGGGGCUGAUCCAAGCUCACAUCCUCUAUAUAUGACGAAGGAGUGCCACUGCUGUAGAUCUCUGAUAACAUUAUUGUAAGGAGAGAGGUAGGUGUGAGCUGUGGGAGCCUCUUAGUUUCAGCAGCGGCUGGCAACACACAUACAGCCACUACUGAGCAGAAGAAGCUGAGCCAUGCUGGAUCCAAGCCCUCCCUCUCCGAGAGCAGUGGCCGACUCCCUCAGAUAGCCAUGAACACCUGCAAGAUUAAUGGCGGAGUGGUGCGACCACUAGUGGGCAGUCUGGCGUCCUCGUCGCGCCGCAACCUUGCGGAGCUCGACUCGGAGACGCAGCCCUUGCAGACGCUGCACAGCUCUGGCCUGGAGGUGGUGGUGUCCAAGGGCAACGGCGGCGAAGAUCCUAGCAAGGCGUCCAACGAGAGUUUGGUCAGGGAGGGCAGCGGGCAUGGCGGAGGCAGGGCGCCGCAGAAGAAGAACAGGGACAUUGGCUACAAGCUUGGCCACCGGAGGGCACUGUUUGAGAAGCGGAAGCGGCUCAGCGACUACGCACUCAUCUUCGGGAUGUUUGGGAUUGUUGUCAUGGUGACAGAGACGGAACUGUCAUGGGGGGUUUACACUAAGGAAUCUUCAUACUCAUUUGCACUGAAAUGCCUUAUCAGCCUUUCCACUGUUAUAUUGCUUGGUCUUAUAAUAAUGUACCAUGCCCGGGAAAUCCAGUUAUUUAUGGUGGACAAUGGUGCGGACGAUUGGAGGAUAGCCAUGACGUAUGAGCGGAUCUUCUUCAUCGUGCUGGAGCUGCUGGUGUGUGCCAUCCAUCCCAUCCCGGGCCAGUACGUCUUUACCUGGACGGCGCGGCUGGCCUUUACAUACACGCCGUCGGUGGCCGAUGCCGACGUGGACAUCAUCCUCUCCAUCCCCAUGUUCCUGAGACUCUACCUGAUCGGCAGGGUCAUGUUACUUCACAGCAAGCUAUUCACGGACGCUUCCUCUCGCAGCAUUGGCGCCCUCAACAAGAUCAACUUCAACACACGCUUUGUCAUGAAGACCCUCAUGACCAUCUGUCCAGGAACUGUUCUGCUGGUGUUCAGUAUAUCCUCCUGGAUCAUUGCUGCAUGGACUGUGCGCGUCUGUGAGAGGUAUCACGACAAACAGGAAGUCACCAGUAACUUUCUGGGAGCCAUGUGGCUCAUCUCGAUUACCUUCCUCUCCAUUGGCUACGGGGACAUGGUACCACACACGUACUGUGGGAAAGGCGUGUGUCUGCUUACAGGGAUUAUGGGAGCUGGCUGCACUGCGCUGGUGGUUGCAGUGGUAGCCAGGAAGCUGGAGCUGACCAAGGCUGAGAAGCAUGUCCACAACUUCAUGAUGGACACACAACUCUGCAAACGAGUGAAGAACACAGCUGCCAAUGUACUCAGGGAAACAUGGCUCAUCUACAAACACACCAAGUUGGUCAAGAAGAUAGAUCAUGCCAAGGUUCGGAAACACCAGCGCAAGUUUCUCCAAGCCAUUCACCAACUGCGCAGUGUGAAGAUGGAACAGAGGAAACUCAAUGAUCAGGCCAAUACUUUGGUGGACCUGGCAAAGACCCAGAAUGUGAUGUAUGACCUGGUGUCAGAGCUGCAGGAGCGCAGUGAGGAGCUGGACAAGCGCAUCGGCACAUUGGAGGACAAGCUGGACUCGGUGACGGGCAGCCUGCAGGCGCUGCCCUGCCUCAUCUCCCAAGCCAUAACCCAGCAGCAGCAGGACUUCCUGGACGGCUUUGUUCACCGCUUUCGGCCUGCCUCACUAGCCUCAGAGCGCUCUGAACGCUCUGAGCGAUCCUGGACUUCCACCGCUCGCAGGCGGCGCUCACCCUCCACAGCUCCACACACCUCCUCUGAUAGCGGAUAACCUUGAGAAACCCUUUGCAAUCACCUCCGAGUCCCGCCUUUCCAAACCAACUUCUCACCUCAUUCUGUUCCAUCCUAAAGCGUCCCUAUAAUCCCUGUGAGUCCAUGUCUGGACUGAUAAUGAACCCAAAUCUUGACCCCUGACCCGACCCAUGCCCUUACUCUCUCCCUCCCAUCCAUCCCCUCUCUCCUUCCUCCCCACCCAUCAAAUUCAAAAACCAAUUCCUCUGUGACUGAGCCUCUCAGCACAGGACUGGAUCAGAGCUACUCCAAAAGAACAAAGAAAGGCAAACAAAGACUUAAAUCAAGAAAAAACACAAAUGCAUCCAAAAAACUAAAAAGACAAAAAAAAUUAAAAAUGACUGAAAAACCGAGAUAAAGUAGAGAUAUGGUUUAUGUUUUAGCCAUUGUAUGGCUGUUCAAGUUAGCUUUUUUGUAAAAGCCCUUGUAUAGUUAAAAAAAUGACUGAGUUCAGGGUCGCUGGGGUGAGAGCUGGCUAUCACACCAGAGAGUCCUUAACCACGAGGGAGGAAGUUGGUCUGUGGAGCUGAGGGCCUCGGCUCACCUGCUGGCCGUCCGAGGCCAUGGAGGACAUCUGUCCACCCAUCCGUCCGUCUAUCUGUUUGUCCGGUGAGGAGAGUGAGACAAAACAUUGGAUUUCCCUUUCAAAAGACUAGUGUCAUGGAUUCUUUCCCAUAGGUUAGGACGAAAGCUUUAGGAGAGGCUAUGAAAGCACUGACUUCAAGUCAGUGUUUGGAAAUGCACUUAAGGGGGAGGGGAAACUGUCACACAAAAGAAAAGCAAAGGGGAUGCAUAUGGCAUUACUACUGGGUAGGAAACAUUUACACAAUUGCCAACUUCAAGGUUUCAGCUUCCUUGUUCUUACCAAGGGAAAAAUGAGAGCGACUAUCUUUUUUAGUUACAUAUUGACAUGUGAUUUUUCAGUGCCUGAAUGUAUAAAUAGUAGAGGGUUAUUUAAUUACUAAUUUCAGAGCUUUUUUACGAUGUUAACAGUCUGAAUACAGCAUUGCAUUCCUUUUUCAGAUACAUUCCUCUCCAAAACUUUAAAGAAAAUGUCUUAAUGUAAUGCAUAACAUUGCCUCCAUUACACAGCAACUCUAAAUGUUUUGAAAAGCUUUUUUUUUUCUAUUUAUACUAACACCGUGAAAAACGAAAAAGUUCAGAGAGCAAGCAAAAGUGAGACCGGCUGAGAGUAUUCUGUGAGUGUGUCUCGGAGAAUGAGUUCACUUUUAGCUCAAUGCUGCACACUCAUACAUACAACAAUGAAAUAUGUAGUAGUCUACCUUUCUCAUAACCACUAAUUAGAGCUUCCUGUGGUCUUAAGAUAAUGGCAUGGCUUGAGGUCUGCUGGUUUACGGCCACACAGGCAAACAUCACUGGUCGAACUGAGAACCCAGCCCUGCCCCCCUGCAUGGUUCUGUGCAAAAAUGACAAUGGAACUCAAUCUUCCUUGGAUGGGUUGAUGAUUCACUCUUCACUUUUGUUUGUUUGUUGCUUUUCUUUCAUUUUCUUUUGUUUAUUUUUUUGCUAAACCUUUUUUUUUACUAGGACACUUAGGGUGUUUAGAGUUGCGGAACCUAGAGAGUUGCAGUAAUGUGAUUCUGUAAUGCAUUCCCUGUUUAAAAUAUGAGGUGAAGAAAAACUGCUAUAACAAAAGAAUCCUGAAAGGAUACAAAUAAAAGUGCUGAAGAAAACUUUGAUGGUUACAGAACAGUGAAUUGGUCUCUUGGCAAGAGUAAAGGAAUAGCUCAACAUUUUGAGAAAUGCACCUUAUUUGCUUCCUUGCUAAUUUAGAUGAGAAGAUUGGUACCAAUCUAAUGGCUUUACGAUACAUAUGGAGCUACUGCCAAAAGCUGGUUCGCUUAGCUUGGCAUUAAGACUGGAAACAGUGGGAAAAAACUAACCUGGCCUGUGUGCUAGCACCUCUAAAGCUAAUAAAUUAAAUUGUCAUACCUUGUUUGUGAAGUGUGAAAAAAGCGUAAAAAUAACUAGUCGUGGUUUUCUGACUAUUUCUUGGCUACUUCCUGGAGUUUCCACUGGUUGCCUGGCAACACAGUGAUGCAAACUCUCCAGGAAACAGUCAUAAACCCCUGCCCCCCUCUUUAAAACCACAAUGUCACAAUGUGCUCUUUUGCACUUUGCACUUAUGGUUUUUCGUUGAAUUAACAAAUGUAACAUAAUAUGUAAAUCAAUGAGCUUUACAGUUGCUUGUAGGUGAAUUUAGUUUGCACCUAUUUCUGGUCUUAAUGCUAAGCCAAACUACUGGCUGCUACCUGUGGUUUCAUAUUUGCCAUACACAAAUUAGAUCUUCUCAUAAAACUCUCCCAAUAAAGUGAAUAAGCAUAUUUCCCAUUAUGUUGAACUUUUACUUUAACAUUACAGGCCUCUGUUUUGUCGUUCUAAAUGACAUUGAAAAACAUUCACUAUGAUAGAUGAAAAAAUAGAAAUUUAAGAAUAUCAGAGGCAUGGUAUGACGCAUCUUAGAGUUGUGAUGACUUGUAAAUUUAAAGUUAUUUUUUUCCAAUGCACAUAUAAAGAGCAGAUAAGGCAGUCAGCGGGUUAGCGGGCUAGCAUGCUGUCUUAAAGUAGGUUAAUAAUAUAAGAUAAUCUGAGUCCCGAAAGGAUGUUAGUGUUAAAGAUCAUCUGUAUGGCCCCUUAAACUCACAGACUCAGACAAUAGAAUCAUCAUCAUUUCCUGGAUCUUAAUUAUUUCAAAGAUGCUUCGGGCUAAACCGGGUCUAAGUCCAAUCCUGUGAGAUGUUGAAUGAAUGCAUCCACCCGAAGGCUCUGGACUGACCUGAGAACACUCCAUUCAAGAACAUAUUCAGUUUGCUACGAGUGGAACUUAAUCAGGCAUGAAUAUUAGCUUUUUUCCUUUCAAUUUGAGUUGGUGAAGCAUGACUCUUUACUGCCCCCACCUCUCACCAUUUCUCGUACAGUGCAACACUCCACCCAUCCAGUAUGAAAGGAUCUAUCAUGUCAUUACAGUCUCUGUUUCAAUCAGUGUCAUCCGAUGAUUUAGGAUGGCUAAUGGUAGACUCUGCUUGAUUAUGACCUCACCUGCCUGCUCACAUCCAAUGUUUCCACCUCUUCAUUACAUUGGAGGUUCUGUCUUUCGUUUGUCAUAUGUCAUCAUUAAGAACAUCAGUCCCAAAUACAUGAAGAGGCUUCCCAAAUGGCCCACAGCAAAGACCUUUGAGUGGUUUGAAUGAAAAAACAGAGUGAAAGAAAGAAGCAGGAAAACCCCCAGGUCAAGUUCCAUGUUGCACUCAGUGUGUAAUAUUCAGUUACACCAGGAAGGAUCACAGAUGCUUGAGUGUCUUAUGCAGAGAGAGUUGAUGGCACUGAUGUUAAGGACUUCAUCCUUCAUUGGGCAGCAGGAAAGAGAAUAGAUUAAAAAAAGAGAGAGAAAGACGAGAGCCAUAGUCCAUUUACUGACAGACGUCCACUUUUGACUCACGGGGGGUGGGGGGUGUCCUGUAAAUAUGACCUCAUUGUAGAUGUCGCCAAGUAAACGGGACAAAUGGUGAAUCGAAGGGGGUAAAGGUAGCAGGGUGCAAUGCACAGCAUGUUGCAGGUAUGCAGUAGAAAAAAUAAAUCUAAAAAAAGAAAUGAAGGGUUUGAAAUUCUGGAAAAUAAAAGAUAACAUUUUAGUCAUUUCACACUUUUAAAAAAAAAUUACUCAUGGAGGUAUGAUCCAGUUUCUGUUGGUUUGGUUAUUUUUUUACUCUAUUGUAAAGGUUUGUUUUAUUCACCCCUUCUCCUCCUGUCAACAACAACAAAGACCUGCCAAAACACCAUUCCAAUAUUUAAUAGUGACCCAAUUUUCUCGUCUUUCGUAGUGAAGUGAGGGACAUUCAUGAUGUUAUUCUGAUGAUGGUAGAUAAGUCCGAGUGAUAAAUGCAUCCCAGAGUCUUUUUUAUUAUCCUGAAAAGUAGGCUUUCCUCAUAGAGCAGGCAUCAGAACACACUUCUACUGAACAAUAACAGUGAAAAACCCCAAAAACUGAAGAAAUGUAACCCAAUCAUUGUUCUGUGUACACUGCCACAUGAUGCAUAAUGUACGUAGUAGCACUGGAAUAAAUCAACUUUUAAUGGAUGGCAAAUGGGUUUAACAUGGUAUGUUCUCUGUAUACUGUUCGCUGUUCCUUCAUUUUGCAGGUGAACUUUUGUCCUAGCAAAGAGAGACACCAAGGUCAAAUCAUUAAAGACUAUCUUCAGCUAU